UCUCGUGGCUUUGACUCUCUUUUCUUAGUUCGCCGUCUCUCUCUCAAUCAUUAGUAAGCGACCAGGGAGGAAGAGGAGGAGAAGAAGAAGCUUCUCUUUUUGAGGCAGAUCUGACAUCUUUUUGAAGUUCUUCAGUGAAUCAGCUGUUCAAUGGGUUUGUGGGAAGCUUUUCUCAAUUGGCUUCGUAGCCUCUUCUUCAAGCAAGAAAUGGAACUUUCUCUGAUAGGGCUUCAGAAUGCAGGGAAGACAUCCCUUGUCAAUGUUGUUGCAACUGGUGGUUAUAGUGAGGACAUGAUUCCUACGGUGGGUUUUAACAUGAGGAAAGUGACAAAAGGAAAUGUUACUAUCAAGCUAUGGGAUCUUGGUGGUCAACCUAGGUUCCGCAGCAUGUGGGAACGUUACUGCCGCGCUGUCUCCGCCAUUGUGUAUGUAGUUGAUGCUGCAGAUCCUGACAACCUAAGUGUCUCCAAAAGCGAACUCCAUGAUCUGUUGAGCAAGACUUCGCUUAACGGUAUCCCUCUUCUGGUUCUUGGGAACAAGAUCGACAAACCUGGAGCUCUCUCUAAAGAAGCCUUAACCCACGAAAUGGAGCUUCAGUCGCUUACAGAUAGAGAAGUUUGCUGUUUCAUGAUAUCUUGCAAGAACUCUACCAACAUUGAUCAGGUCAUUGAUUGGCUGGUGAAGCAUUCAAAAUCAAAGAACUAAAAAACUUCACCAAGAAGAACACACAUUCUCUCUUCUCAAGUCCUCUUCCUGUAUUGUGUGCCUGAUGAAGACUAUUUUAAAACUCGUGUGAAAACAAGAGUUUGUCUCUAUUCUCCAGGUUGUCUCUGUAUAUUGGAUGUGGGAUGGUAUUCUAUUCUAAAGCAUUUGCAAUUUUUGGAAACUCAAAAAAAAACAAAAAAAUGGUUCAAAAGCU